GGAAGUAUUUACUCAUAUUGUUGACCUUUUGUUCAGUUUCUUCUUCCUACCAUUGGGUUUCAGUUUACUUUGAGUACAUUUAUAUGAAAGUCCGUCUGCCCUCUUCACAUUGAACGCUUACAGAGGCUUCAUCAUGUCGGGGACGGAUCUGCUCAGGAUGCUGGUGAACGAGCGACUAGCAGCGGCUGCAGAGGAAAUAUUUGUGCUUGUUGAAAAGACAAUAUCUGAGUAUCAGGAUGAAGUUGUUUGCUCCAAGAGGGAAAUAUACCAGCUGAAACUGCAGCUCGAGCACCUCUCCGUUUUAAAACCUGGAGUACAAUCAUUAAAAGCAGAUACACAGCUUGUUACUGGGGAGCUGCUACCUUCACUGCAGCUUUGUGACAUUAAAGUGGAGCAGAUUCCAGUCCUGGUGCAAACAGAGAUCCAAGAGCACCCACAGGUCAAAGAGGAACAGGAGGAUGAGUGUAUCAGCCCGGACAUGGAGACUGAUCUUUCCAACAGUGCAGAAUGCAGACUUCCCAAACCAGAACCAACAACUUCCUGUAAGAUUUUUCCGUCUAUCGCUGCUGCCACUGUGAGUGUUAAUGAAAACACAGACAACAGAUGGAGAGAAAGUGAUGGAUCAUCGUCCCCUGGUCAGGGUCAUAGCACUGAAGUCAUUAUGGACCAGGGACAGCUGGCAAAGGAGGAAGAGUCUCUCCCUUUUUGUGUGCUUAAAGAUAUGGAUACUGUCAACAACGCUGUGCCUAAUGAAUGGACUGCGCCCCUCUCCUUCUCGGACACCCCUCAUACACAGCCAAACCAUCCUGGACCCUCUUUGAUAAAAACACAAAACUCAUGGAUAAGCAAGUUAGAAAUCCCGUGGAACAAAUUGCCUGCUUCACUCUUACAGGCCUUAACAAGAGGAACGAAGGCCUGCGCUACAGAUAGACGAGCCAUGGUGAGAGCUGUGGUGAGCGCCAUGCAGGCACAUUGUCCAAACCCCAACAAAGCUGCCUGUAUAGAGGUAGCAAAAAUGAUUCUGUCAAAAUAUCCAGGUACUUUUGCAGACACAACAGCGGAACGAGGAGUAUUUGGGAAAAGCUUAUUUUCACUUGUGCAUAAGCUCAAGACAAGAAUUGAAAAUGUCAACCGUUACAAAAAUUGUAAGAGGAAAUGACAGAAAAAGUGUUUUUCUGACUGACUGUCUGCUCGAGUCCUCCCAGUAUAUUCAGUGUCUGUGCGGCUGUCAUAUCAAAAGCAAAGGACCGUGAAAAUAAUCAAAAACAAAAAUAAUGUGUAAACAUGAAAACUGUCAACCGUUUUAAAAAUGCCUUUGUUUAUAUUGUGGCCAGACAAAAAUGCAUUUUAAACUGGAUGGAAAGAGUUACAGGGGGUAAGGGGAGCAUCAACAAGCCAAAUAAUUUCUCUGUUUUUCAUAUCAUGGAAUUUUUUGUAAAGCAAUGUAAUGUAUUUCUACCUUAAAAAUGAUAAUGACCAACAUAUGUCCCAUUAUGUAUUGUUAUGUUAAGUUAAACGUGAUAACAACAGUGUUCUUACUUACAUUGUUUGGGUAUUAAUGUUAAGUUGUGUGUAGGGUCAUUAGUACAUAAAAAUGGGCGAUGAAUAGUUUAUAAGUUUUAUCCAAAAACAUUUUAAUCUCAGGCACUGAACACAGAACCUCUGAACUCCAAGCCUUUAGCUUUCUUCAUUGUACUUUAUAACUCUACUAUACAGUAAAUUCUGCAGAGGUCCUCUU